AAAAGUUAAAUAAAUGAGAUUUCUCAUGCAAUUCACACUCAACAAACUUCAAGUAAUCCAAAAGAACUAAGACCUUUUGAUCCAUCUCCAGCUAGACCUAAAUCACGUAUAUAAAUUGAUAAUCAAGGUAAGAAUCAUUCUUAAAUGUAGGAUUGUCAAAUCAUGAAAUAUAAUAAUUAUCUGAGUAGUAAUAAAUAUAAAAGAGUAAAGAAACUUAAAUAGAAUUAAAGAGAUUAGCAAGAUCAAAAGCAUUGUAGAAAACAGUUGAAGCAUGUUCAUGCAAAUCAUAAAAUAUAUUAUAGAAUAGUUAAGAUGAGGAAAUAUUAUUGAAUGAAUCUUAAUAAAAUCCAUUCUAUUAAUCAUAUUAAAAAGGACCAAGAAAAAGUUAGAUUUAAUAAUACUUAGAGAAGAUGUUGAAGAAUGUAGAAUGUAAUAAUUUAUAUACAUAGAUUUAGAAAAACAAGUGAUUAUCAAAAAAGAUAAUAAUUUUAAACCAUUAAAUAUUUUAAAUGAAGAAAUAAAUAAAUCAAAAAUUAAAUUUCAUUUCCGAUCAAAUUCUUAAUUGUCUUUGACUAAUUAUUAGUCUUAAUUUGUACCAUAUUAUGAAUAAAUAAGAACUACAACUAAUAGUUCUUAUUAUAAUAAUAAAAAGGAUUGUCUUAAAUUGAUAGAUCUUAUGAAAAACAAGAAUAAAUUUAUUAAAAUAAAGAAAUGA